GAACCAGAGGGAGUGCCGGAAAACUUUGACGAUUGGGUGAUGAAACACUUCGGACCAACAAUUUUGGACGUGUUCUUCAAACCCUAUACAAAAAAGGUAUGGACAGUAGAACCCUCGAAAAUGUCACCGAACUGGGUAGGAACACGCGUAGCAAAAUUACCGCAAGAAAAAUUGGAAGAACUAUGCGCCAUGAGCCAAGAAGAGCUAUCUACUGCAGAUUUCGGUUGGGGACCCAACUCCUGCUUCACUUUCCCUAAAUACGGAGGAACAGGAAAUGUCUGGAAUUCGAUGGCCAAAAAGUUGCCAGAAAAUUGGUUCAAAUACAGCACAAAGGUCGUUGGAAUAGAUGCGACGGCAAAGUGCAUCCGCUAUCGCGUAGAAGGCUCUAAUGAUGUUCAUGAGAUGAACUACGAUGUCCUACUGAAUGCGGCUCCUAUUGACAUCCUUGUCAGGGAGACAAAACUCUGUCCAGAGAUCAAUGUCGCCUACAACAAGGCGAGUUACACUUAA